AUGAAGUUGGUAGAGCUAAAUACAUCCGUACAGAAGCGAAAAGAAAUCGAAUGCUGGAAUUGCGGAAAUAACCACUAUGCUCGUCAUUGUAAGUCGAGACCUUGGUUCUGCAAGAAGUGCCGAAAAGCUGUUCACAAAGAGAAGUUUUGCGACAUACUGCGACAAAAGAAAUCCGACUUCUAUGAAGAACCGAUGAAGAAAGACAGCGAAGGAGAAAGCGGCGGGAGCAAAAGAGCAUCCAGAAAAGAAGUGCGAACUGUUAGGAGUGCUUACGCACCACUUGAAGUGAGUUCCCAUCGCAUGUACGUCAACGCAGUCGUGGACAACUGCGUCGUUAAGUUCCCAUUUGACACAGGAUCUGACAUCACAUUGUUGAAUGAGAAGUCGUGGAAGAAUAUGAUAUCUCUAACACUGCAGAAGACUGAUGUCAUCGUGAAGAAUGCUAGUGGAGACCAGGUGAUGGUCCACGGCAAACUGACCAGGGAAGGAUCCCAAGUCGAAGUGGCCAUUUGA